AUGGUGAAUCCAAUUCAUCCAGAAAGCAUUCCAAUGUCGGAAUUUAAUGAGUCAUUAAAAUUUGAGUUUUCAGUUUUGAAGGAUAGUUAUGAUGAUAACUUGAAAGGUGAUUGUUUAAUUCUAUGUGUCCCAAACAAAGAGAUAAUGCAAAGCUUACCAUCAUUUUACAAGUCUUUGGAUACAACUUUAAAUGGGAUGCUAAGUGAUAUAGUAGAGAAUGCAAGCCAAGAAUCGUCUCUAAAGGAUGAAAGUAGUACAAUUUCUGUUAAUUUACCACCAAAGUAUCCAUUUAAAUAUUUGAUGAUGAUUUCUUUUGGUGAAAGCAAGAGUACAAGUCCGCUUUUCUUCAAUAAGAUGAUAACCCAGGUGAAUGAAUUUCAAAAAAAGAAUAAGAACAUUCAGAGCUACACGGUUAUUCUUGGUUUUGAAGAUGUAGUACCUUCAGAUAUAAUGUAUUUUUGUACUCAGUUUCCCUUUGUUAAUACGGAUGAACUGAGAUUCAAAGGAAACAUUGUAGGUUCAGAGCCAAAGAAGCCAACCAAGAAAAUAGAAAAGAUACACUUUGUUUUAAGAUCAGAAGAGGUUAGAAAAGAGUGUAGUAGCAGAAUCUUGGAUUCACAAUCUGUCUCAAAAGGUUUGUUGUUUGCAAGAGAUCUUACAUCUGCUCCUCCAAACUACUGUGAUCCAGUUAAUAUGGCAAAAGAAGUUAUUAAUAUGGCAAAGUCUGUUGGUCUUGAAGGAAAAGUUCUUCAACCAAAAGAAUGUGAAGAGCUUAAGAUGGGAGCAUUUCUUGCUGUGGCUCAGGGCAGUAAGUCCCCAGCUCAGUUUGUUCACCUUACUUAUAAACCAAAGGGAAACAUCAAGAAAAGAAUUGCUUUAGUGGGUAAAGGAAUUACAAUGGAUACUGGUGGGUACAAUAUUAAACACCAAAUGAUUCAUUUUAUGAAAGGUGAUAUGGGAGGAGCUGCUGCUGUUUUUGGGACAGCCUUCUCAAUUGGGUUGAUUAAACCUGAAAAUAUUGAAGUUCAUUUUAUCUCUGCCAUUUGUGAUAACUUGGUAUCCAGAGACGCUUAUUUGCCGGGUUGCAUUGUCACUGCCUCAAAUGGAAAGACUAUUGAAGUUGGAAAUACAGAUGCAGAGGGAAGACUCACUUUGGCGGAUGCUCUUGUUUAUGCUUGUAACCUCAAAGUUGAGGCUGUCAUAGACUUAGCUACUUUGACAGGGUUUAACUACAAGCUUUUUGAAGGUAGAUAUGCUUCUGUUCUCGGUAAUGAUGAUGAACUAUUCAAGCUGAUUCAGGCCUGUGGUAAGACAGUCCACGAGAAAUUCUGGCAAUUGCCUUUGGACCCAGAGUUCCAAGAAAUGGUCAAGUCUAAAAUAGCUGACUUAAAUAACACUUCCGAGGGAAAAGCCCCAGUCUCCACCUCGGCCGCCUUCUUGUGUGAGUUCAUCAGCAAGGAUAUAAAAUAUGCUCACAUUGAUAUUGCUGGUUGUUCAGGAAUGGACACCUUUGGUAAUGGCUUUGGUGUCAAAACUUUAGUCACAAUUAUUAAGGAGCUUUCUUCGAAUUGUUGA